GUCUAGGGCGUCUCCACUACCCUCAACCGCAAUCCACCAUCCCUAUUUUUUAUUUUUUCCACCUUCUCCAAAUUAUCGCAAUGUCUACCAGUUCGACCUCCAGUGAGCUUCCACCGGAAGUUAUCGCCUGUUUGAAGAAUGCUAGAUAUCUCCAUUUGGCGACCUCCAAUGGUCUCUGGCCUCAUGUUUCUCUCAUGAAUUACACCUACCUGCCAGUCAGCCCGUAUCCGCUUCCCGCCACUUCCAUAUCGUCACCAUCUCCAACACCCGGGCCCAUCAUUAUCAUGACCACCCAGCCAUCGACCAAAAAGACUCUCAAUCUAACUUCCAAUCCGCGCGUCUCGUUAUUAGUGCAUGACUGGGUGUCCCACCGUCCAUCCCUCUCAUCUGCAAACCCCUUUGCUCCCUCCGCUUCUCCUCCGCAUCAAACACAGUCUGCGUCACCACUCUCUACAUUCCUCACCAAUCUCAACUCUGCCGCUUUGAGCAGUAUCUCUGCAACUCUGAACGGGUAUGCACACCUGAUCCCCCAUGGUACCGAGGAUGAGGAGUAUUACAAACGCGUGCACUUGGAGAACAACCCCCAAAGCGAGAAUAAAUGUUAUUUGGAGGGUGAGGAGGUUAGAGUUGUGGUGGUCCGGAUUGGCUGGGCCAGAGUUGCGGACUUCAGGGGUGGCGUGACCGAUUGGACAGCGGAAGGAGAGGGGGGUAAUGACGGUGGGAUGGGGUGGGGGCCCGGUCCGGGAAAUGGAUUGGCUAAUGGGUUGAUUAAUGGCCACUGAGGAGACCAGAUUGCGUGGAUUUGGGAUGCGGAUAAAUGACCAAAUGGCGUUGCUGGAUGUGUCGGUGGGGCUCGGAUGUUUCAUGUCACUCGCCGUGCGUCUGCUUAGGGAGCUUCUCGCGGGUUCCAGGGUAACGUCUUGGCUGACACGCUCACAUUUCUUUUGCAAAAUGGUUGGGGUGGAUCUGUUUUAUUCG